UAAUCAUAAUCAUCAUCAUUAUGAGCUUCGCUGUGAUGUCUCUCUGUUUAUCUGCCUCAUCACCUGCUCAUCAUCUCUCAUCAAGUGUUUUAAAAUCUGACAAGAUUUAUUGCGUUCUGUCUGUUUGAGAGGUUCAUAAUUUGAGAUAUUGGGGUUAAUCAUCUACAUUGGCAAAAGUACCAGCUGUGACAUGGGGAAUGUUUAGAGAUGGAGAAACAGAAGAGUUCUGGUGAGGAGGACAGUUCUGGGGAGAGAGGUGUGCUCCAUACGUGGAGAGGAUAUUCCUACAGCACCACACCAGAUAGGGUGCUGCUUACCCGGCCGGUGCUCCAGGCUGCCCUCGGGGCCAGACAUGGUGUUCUGCUUGUUGAGGGGGGACAAGUCUACAGCUUUGGUGAGCUGCCAUGGAAACAAAACCAAGCGUCAUCAUUGGUGACUGAGCCCAUUCUGGAGGCAGUGCUUAGUGAACAACGUGUUGUUUUUGUGGCAGCCGGCUUUGCCCACAGUGGAGUUGUAACAGAGGAUGGAGGUGUACACAUGUGGGGAGAAAACUCUCAUGGCCAAUGUGGCCUAUCAGGACCCUGUAUUAUCCCUAACCCCACCCCUGUGGGAGUGUCUGACUCUGAAACCUCGCCCUCUCAGACAGUUAAGAUCUUGGUGGUGGCAUGCGGGGAUAAGCACACACUUGCUCUUUCAGCCAAGCACGAAGUAUGGGCUUGGGGCAGCGGCUGCCAGCUGGGCCUGAACACCUCAAGUUUUCCUGUCUGGAAGCCCCAGAAGGUUGAGCACCUGGUUGGAAGGCAUGUGUUGCAGGUGGCUUGCGGAGCUUCUCACAGCCUGGCUCUGGUACGCUGUCUUCCCCCUCCACAAGAACCUUGCAAACCCCUUCCAGACAAGUGCGGUCAGUGCCAUCGGCUGCUCUACACCAUGACGGAUAAGGAGGACCAUGUUAUCAUCUCUGAUGGCCAUCACUGUCCACUAGGGCUGGAGAACACUGAGACCAAAUUUGGCGUAGAGGGCAGGCUAGAUCAGGGGUCACUGGGUAAGCAAAGCAGGAACUCUCCCUCUGAACCCAGCGAGAUUCCAAAAUCACUUACUUCCAGCUCCAACCCUGCAGCUACACCACCCUCUUCAAGCACACCUGCUUCUGAACCUCAAAAUCAGGCACCUAUAUCUAGCCAAGAACCUGCAGAACCAGCCAUAAAAGACUCAAAGGAGCCUGCCAUUAAUGGAGAAGCUUGUGUUGAAGCCUCGGAGACCGGAAUCCCUGAGCCGGACAGUUUUAAGGCCUCAAGUGGAUCUGGGUUAGAAACAGGGGUGAAGUCAUCCCCAUAUCCUGAUGAGCAGGCGGUAAAGGCCUACCUGAAGAGACUCUGUGAUCACUCGCUGUCAGAGCACACGGCCAAGACCUCUAGCAUGCUUCACUCUGCUCAGAUCUCUGGUGACCCGGCUGAUCCUUUCAUAUGUAACCCUUUGAUCCCGGUUGCCCAGUCCGUGACUCCAAUGGGGACAGCACUAAAUAACUUGGUGGUGUCGUGUGCCUCUGCAGUUGGGGAGCAUGUUGCAUCCACAUACAAGCUCUCUCUGAGAAAAGUGAUUGGUUACUGGGUUCCAGCAGAGGCGCACGAACGAGUCGAGGAGAGACUGCGUCAAGAGGAGCCAAUGCAGGGGAAGAAAAGCUCCAGCCUGGGGGACAUCCGAGAGGAGGAGGCGGAGCUUAGCCGUCGCCUCUCUCUGCCGGGCCUGCUCUCUCAGGUUACCAUGGUUACAGACAAUGCACAGUCUGAGAUGAAGGCAUCGUCUUCCACUGCAUCGACUGAAGUGUCUCCUCGUCUUUUGCGACGGACGAGCCGUCCCCGCAUGCGGGCUGUUCCACUUGCUUCAGGAGGUGUACCUGAGGCCGACACCCACCUGCCCUCCCUGCAGACAGAAGUGUGGAGCUGGGGGCAGGGCCAGGAAGGGCAACUUGGACAUGGAGACCUUCUUCCCAGAGGGCAGCCCGUCUGUAUUAACAGUCUGAAUGGUAAAGAGGUGCUGAGAGUGGCUGCAGGUGCUCAUCAUUCUCUCGCCCUCACCGCACAAUCACAGGUGUUCUCCUGGGGCUGUAACACUUCUGGACAGCUGGGACACAUGGAAUCACCCACCUCCAUCCCCCAUUUAACCAAGCUGUCAGAGGGGAUUCGUGUGUGGGAUAUAGGGGCGGGGCAACAGCACACUCUCCUAUUGGCUGACGGAGAUUGCAUCCAGCCAAUCCUGUACUACAGUGGGCAGCAGGUGAAAGAGGAGGUGGAGCAGACAGGAGAGGAGCAAACAGGGGAGUAUACACAGCAACCUGUGCUGCUCCCCUUUUGUAUGAAUCUGGGCUAUUUGAGCAGUGUGUGUGCGGGUGGACAGACAUGCGCCACAUUGGCGGACCGUAAUGUAAUGGAUUUUAUUGGCAGUCUGCAUGAGCUUGCGGCUGCAGAGAGAAAAUACUACUGCAAACUCAGCCAUAUCAAGAGUCUCCUGCUCCAACCACUGCUUAAACUGGACUCUUUAAGCUCUGCCCUCGGCCAGCCCUCUGCAGGGCUGCUGCAGAAUCUGAUUGGACGAUUAGGUCGACUGUCUCAGCUAACGGGUCAAAACUCUGCCUCUCUGAGCUCUAUCCUGCGGCGCUCGCGUGAUAUCCGAGGUCUUGUUCUUCUUAACGACGCACAUCUGUUCCUGGCCAUGUAUUCAGAGUACUGUACUGCAGUUGGUGAUCUUUUAGUCAUGGGAGGAUUUCAGGCCCUUGUCAAACCUUGCCACGAUGUGUUUGGGAAAGGGGUGGAGGUUGUUCAGAGGUUGUCGGAAUGCUCUGAAGAGGGUUUGCCCUUAGCUGAUAACCUGGCUCAUCUCUUUAACCUGCCCUUAAAACACUUGCACGAAUAUGGAAGACUGCUGCUCAAACUGGCUACAUGCUAUGAAGGGAACUCAGUGGAUUAUCAGAGGCUGCAAGACGCCUGCUCCAAAUAUGAGUCAAUGGCUCUUCAUCUGAAGAGGAGGAGGAAGGAAGCAGAGUACACACUCCACUUCUGGAAGACCUUUCCUGGAAAGAUGACCGACUCUCUGCGGAAGCCGUCUCGUCGGCUGAUCUGUGAGAGCAGUAAUAAAGCUUUGACUCUUCAGAACUCAGGACGUUUUUCUGUCAAUUGGUUCAUCCUCUUUAAUGAUGUGCUCGUUCAUGCACAGUUUUCCACUCAUCACGUCUUCCCAUUGGCUACACUCUGGGUGGAGCCUGUUUCUGAGGAGAACACUGGCCUGUAUGGUUUAAAGCUGACCUCACCAGAGGAGAGCUUCAAUCUGCUGGCCUCUUCACCAGCUGAAAAGGCAAAAUGGCUUCGUUCUAUAAAUCAGGCGGUGGAGCAGGUGCUUAGUGGACUGGGGCAUGAUGGGAUACCUCCUUCCACAGGGGUGACGCAGAGAGCAGACCCGCCUAUUUCACGCACGGCAUCGUACACAUUCUACAAAGACAGUCGGCUCAAGGAUGCCAUGUACGAGGGACGAUGGGUCUCGGGGAAACCUCACGGGCGGGGCGUGGUCAAAUGGCCAGAUGGAAGAAUGUACACAGGGACAUUCAAGAAUGGCCUUGAAGACGGUUUUGGAGAUUAUGUGGUACCAAACAAAAACCUGAACAGCUGUGAUCAUUACCAAGGGCAAUGGAAAGAUGGCAAGAUGCAUGGCUUUGGAAUGUUCAGCUACGCCUCUGGUGAAGUGUACGAGGGCUCAUUUCAAGAUAACAUGCGGCACGGUCAUGGGAUAUUGCGUAGUGGGAAACUGAACUCCACCUCUCCUAGUGUCUUCAUCGGCCGAUGGCAAUACGACAAGAAAUCUGGCUAUGGCGUUUUUGAUGAUAUCACCAGAGGGGAGAAGUACAUGGGCAUGUGGAUGGAUGAUCAACGUCAGGGGAAUGGAGUUGUUGUUACACAGUUUGGACUUUACUAUGAAGGGGCUUUCAGUAACAACAAGAUGAUGGGCUUUGGUGUGUUACUCUCUGAAGAUGACACCACAUUUGAAGGGGAGUUUUCAGAGGACUGGACUCUAAGUGGAAAGGGUGUGUUGACGAUGCCUAAUGGAGACUACAUUGAAGGUUCUUUCAGUGGGGUUUGGGGAACCGGACUUAAGAUCUCCGGUUCCUACAACAAACCAAGCCUCUACGACUCACACAAGGAUAAGGCUAAUGCACUUAAGCUGGGUAGGUUAGCUGUCCACUCUGAGGAGAAGUGGAAGGCUGUGUUUGAUGAGUGCUGGAACAGUCUGGGCUGCGAUUCUCCUGAACUGGGACAAACCAGUGUAGCAUGGGACAAUAUCGCCAUAGCACUCACUGUUAACAGGAGACAACAGAGAGACAGUCCAGAGUUACUGAGUCGCUCUCAUCAUAAAACACUGGAGAGUCUUGAGUUUAUACCGCAGCAUAUAGGUCCUGUUACGUUAGAGGUGUAUCAUACAAUCCACCGGUACCUUGUCAAGGCAUGUGACACCCCACUGCAUCCUCUGGGUCGGCUGGUGGAGACAUUGGUUUCAGUGUACCGUAUGACGUAUGUUGGUGUUGGAGCCAAUCGUAGAUUACUGCCCCAGGCCGUCAACGAGAUCAAGUCCUAUCUCUGUCGCAUCUUCCAGUUUGUCAGGUUCCUCUUUCCUGAUAUGCCAGAGGAAGGAGGUUCACUGGCCGAGCCUCCCAAAGAGAAGAGUGACUCAAACCCCACUGGGAAGCAGCUGGAGUCUCCUAAACCUGGGUGUGUGGUCAGUAGCUCUGCUCUGCUCCUUCUGGUGCUGUUGCCGCGUCUCUAUCCUCCUCUCUUCACUCUCUAUGCUCUAGAGAAAGAGAAGGAGGAUGACGUGUACUGGGAGUGCGUGUUACGACUCAACAAACAACCAGACCUCGCACUGCUCGCCUUUCUCGGGGUGCAACAGAAAUUCUGGCCCGUGACUGUUACUGUACAUGGAGAAAAACAACAAGUAAUUUCAAGCACUAAGGACGCCUGUUUUGCCUCAGCGGUUGAGACAUUACAGCAAAUCAGCACAACUUUCACACCUUCAGAUAAGCUCCAGGUCAUCCAGCUGACCUUUGAAGAGAUAACCCAGGAAGUACUUGCACUCUUGAACCAGGAUUUCUUGUGGUCUAUGGAUGACCUGUUUCCUGUCUUCCUCUUCGUUGUUUUGCGUGCACGUAUAAGGAAUCUGGGGUCAGAGGUAAGCCUGAUUGAAGACCUGAUGGAUCCAUGUGUACAGCAUGGAGAGCAUGGAAUCAUGUUCACCACGCUCAAGGCAUGCUACUAUCAAAUCCAGCAUGAGAAGGUCACAUAAUGAACAAUCUCUUCAAAUACAUAUAUUGGCAAACUGGAAUGACUGGCAAACAGACCAGCCAAUAAAGUGUUCCAUCUUAGGAGGAAUGACGCUGUGACUUACUGUGUG